AUGCAAGGCGAGCGGUUGAACGUCGAGUUCCCGGACUCCUUUCGGUGUCAAAUGGCAACCAAGGUUGGCGUGCCAUUGGGCAAGAGCAGAACUAGUGUCGGAAAGCCAACCGAGUUGACCAUCUCGACUGGUACGUCGUUUGGGGUACUUCAUGGGUCUGUUAUGGAUGCCGUCACGACCGCUGUCGCUGAACACCAUGCUGUCCCAACGAACGUUAAGCUCUCUUGGAACCCUGCUACCCAAACUACCCCUAGCGACAUCUUCGUUAAGGUGGCCGCAAACACAACGCAGGAAAAAUACGUCCAAAUGACGCUGCAAAACUACUCGGAUGUGCUCCAACAAGUAUGGGACAAUGCCAGCAAGAUUCGAAAUGCACAAGCAUCAUUCAAGCUGCUGCUGUUUGUCUACAUCGAAAAAGCGGCAAGUACCGCGAUAAGACGCGCAACCUCAAGCAACAUUGCAACGUCAGCGGUCAGAGUUGCGGAUUAUAUUCGCGACCAAAACAUCGUGCUUGGACCGCUCCAAACGGAUUAUACGGGGGUCGUUACUGCCCGUUUGCCCGUGACUGCCCCCGUCGAAAUACCGUCGAAUGCAACAAUGGACCAGCUUGGCCACAUUGACAGCAUGCUCGCCCAGCACGCUGCCGCCCGUCACCGCGAAAGUAUCUCCCAGUCAACCGACACGUACCGCAGGGUGCGUAUGCGCCUUGGCACGAUGGCCAGCUCCCCUGUGGACAUUUUCCUCUCGGUGGAAGACCUGCGUGGCAUUCUGGGAAUUCCCCCGUUCGACUUGACACCAAUAUUUAGGGCGCCAGUAGAGGGAGAAUUUCUGGUGCCCAGCGUCAAUGUUGAGGACGGCGAUCACAUUAAUAAAUAA